UCCUGGCCUAGUAUACGAUGCUACUCCACAAGAUUACGUAAAUCUUCUAUGCUCUCUGAAUUUCACAGAAGAGCAAUUCAAGACAAUUGCAAGAUCAUCAGACAACCACAACUGCUCAAAUCCAUCCGCCGAUCUCAAUUACCCGUCGUUCAUUGCAUUGUACCCCCUCGAGGGACCCUUCACAUUCUUGGAGCAGAAAUUCAGGAGGACAGUAACAAAUGUUGGUCAAGGUGCAGCUACUUAUAAAGCUAAGCUAAAAGCUCCAAAGAACACUACAGUUUCAGUAUCACCACAAACUCUGGUAUUCAAGAAGAAAAAUGAGAAACAAAGUUAUACUUUGACAAUUCGUUAUUUAGGUGAUGUGGGUCAGAGUAGAAACGUUGGGUCCAUCACUUGGGUUGAAGAGAAUGGAAACCAUUCUGUUAGGAGUCCUAUAGUGACAUCUCCCAUUAUUGAGAUCUGGUCAUAAGUUGUGCUACUUUAUGAAAUAUUUUGACUUGGGAUGCAUGGGAGAAAUCAUGUAUUAUACUGUACGAAUUGUCUCAUUGUCUGUGCCUAUCCUAAAUUAAUAAUGAUGAUAAAUUUGCUAGCAAAUUGCAGCAAUUAUCUUAGUAUAGAACAUUUGCUUGCAGCA